UUCCUCGGGGGACGGGUUCUGGACUGUAGUGUCUGGGCUAUUUCGGACGAAAGCUUACUGAAAUUUUUCCAAUUUUUGAAGUUUUAGCCUCUCGAAUGUGUAAAAACUAUGGAACCGACGUCGACGUACGUGCUGAGCCUUAGUAAUUGAAGUUAAAAGGGAAUCUUCUCACUUUUCAUGGUUGUCUAGGUACCGACACACGACCAAGAGCUAUAUAGGUGAAUGUAAAUGCUUCACAGAUGAAUUUCAGCCCAAGGAGAGGAAGCUGUUAUUAAGAUAUUUUGUUCAACAGGAGUAUAGUGUCAGGAGCCAUGAGUGAAUCAGGAGGCCAGGCAGCAGUGGGUGGGCGGAGUAUGUUGGACAACAUGGUCGGAGUUGGUGACAUGGUGCUUCUUGAGCCCUUGACAGAAGAUUCACUGAUAGAGAACCUUUGGGACAGAUACAAUAACAAAGAUAUCUAUACUUACAUUGGAGAUGUGGUGGUGUCAAUCAAUCCUUACCGUAAAUUCAACUUGUAUACUCCCGAAAGGAUCACAGAGUACAGAUCUAGAAACAUCUAUGAGUUGCCUCCUCACAUUUAUGCCAUAGCUGAUGAUGCCUACAGAUCCAUGAGAGAUUACAAUCAGGACCAGUGUAUUCUGAUCACUGGCGAAAGUGGGGCUGGAAAAACAGAAGCUUCUAAGAUUGUUAUGCAGUAUGUGGCAGCAGUGUCUGGGAAAGGAUGGGAAGUGGACAGAGUUAAAGAACAGUUGUUGCAGUCCAAUCCUGUUAUGGAAGCAUUUGGCAAUGCAAAGACCCUAAAGAAUGACAACUCAUCUCGAUUUGGGAAAUACAUGGAUCUUGAAUUUGACUUCAAAGGUGAUCCAGUUGGAGGAGUCAUCACAAAGUAUUUGCUGGAAAAGUCUCGUGUGGUACAUCAAGCCCAAGGGGAGAGAAAUUUCCACAUUUUUUACCAUCUUCUCUCUGGUGCCUCUGAUGAACUUCUUGGGAAACUUCACCUUAGCCGUGACUGUAACGAUUACACUUACCUCAAUCACAGUGGAUGUAUAAAGGUUAAUACAAUUGAUGACAAGAAGGACUUUUUAGUAGUUGAGAGAGCAAUGGAUAUUGUUGGGUUCACUCAAGAUGAGAAGCUGUCCAUUUACACUCUUUUGUCUGCCAUUCUGAACCUUGGAAAUAUUGCAUUUGAUGAAGCUGUUGAUAAAGUUGGUGGACAUGACACUGUGACCCCCACAAAUCAGAAGUAUCUAGACUGGGCAUGCGAGAUGCUUCAGUGUGGAACUCAUUUGUUGAAAGAUGGUUUGUCAAAGAGAACUGUGGAGGCUGGUAAUGAGAGGGUUUCAACGCAUCUUACCACUGCACAAGCUUACUAUGCUAAGGAUGCUCUUUGCAAAGCAAUCUAUCGAAGGAUGUUCACUUGGAUGAUUCAACGAAUUAAUGACAGCAUAAAGGUUAAAAAGAGGGGAAAGAGGAAGGUGAUUGGUGUAUUGGAUAUUUAUGGAUUUGAAAUAUUUAGGAAUAAUGGUUUUGAACAGUUUAUCAUCAAUUACUGCAACGAGAAGCUGCAACAGAUCUUUAUUGAGCUGACUCUUCAAUCUGAACAAGAGGAAUAUAUCAGAGAGGGUAUUGAAUGGGAAUCAAUUGAGUACUUUAACAAUUCUAUUAUCUGCGAUUUGAUUGAAAAGAGAAAUUUUACCAUUCCAGAGUGUACUGAUAGUGCAGAUGCUACUCUAGAUGGCGUUACUCAUGUCGGAAUCAUACCACUUCUUGACGAGGAAUGUUUAAGACCUGGAGAGGUCAGCGAUAUGACGUUUAUUGCUAAGCUCAACGCGCAUUGCUGCGAGCAUCCACACUUCGAGAGCAGAGGAAGCAAGAAAUUCCUGUCUGAUACGACUUUGCCGCAUGACUGUUUCAGGCUCAGACAUUACGCUGGGAGUGUAACAUAUUGCGUAACUGGUUUUCUGGACAAAAAUAACGAUUUGUUAUAUAGAGAUCUCUCCCAGUGCCUCUAUGCUUGUGGUCAUCCAUUGGCAAGAACGCUCUUCCCGGACGGUUGUCCGACCAAGGCAACCAAAAAAAGACCACCCACCACAGGAACUCAGUUCAAGGUUUCAGUCUCUGAGUUGAUGAAAAAUCUUAAAACUAAGAACCCUCAUUACAUCAGAUGCAUCAAGCCAAACGACAGAAAAGUUGCAGGACUGUUCGAUGACAAACUAGUAAGACACCAGAUACGAUAUCUCGGGUUGAUGGAGAACAUUCGCGUUCGAAGAGCAGGAUUUGCAUUUAGACAGGAAUAUGACAUUGCACUUGAGAGGUACAAGAUGCUUUGUAAAAAGACCUGGCCCAACUGGGUGGGCAUGCCAAAAGAAGGCCUCAAAGAACUACUUAAGAGUCUGAAUAUCAAACCAAAUGCGUACGCGUAUGGAAGAACAAAGAUCUUUAUUAGGAAUCCACGAACGUUGUUCGAUCUGGAGGAGAAGCGUCUUCAAGGAAUGCAUCAUUUAGCUGUCAUCAUUCAGAAGAUGUUCAGGGGUUGGAGACAGAGAACCAAAUAUCUUAAGAUGAAAGAGAGUGAAAUAAUCAUCGCCAAGUAUUAUCGUGGUUUCAGGGAUCAUCGGACUUAUCUUAAAAAGAGAAGCGCAGCCAUUACCAUCGCUUGUUUUGUUCGCGGCUGGAAGGCACGGAAGCUCUACAAAGCCAUGUUGUACGAGAAGAAAUGUAUCUGGGCUGUUGGUAUAAUUCGCACCAACUUCUACGGAUGGCAGGCCCGCAAACUUUACAGAUCCAUGGUCCUUGAAAAGAAGCGCAACCAGGCUGCGACUAUAAUCGCAGCCUAUUUUACAGGCUGGAAGGCCCGCAAACUUUACAGAUGCAUGGUCCUUGAAAAGAUACGCAACCAGGCUGCGACUAUAAUAGCGGCCUAUUUUACAGGCUGUAAGGUUCGUCGUGAGUACCAUCCCAAGUUCAGAAAGAAUGCAGCUCCAAAGAUCAUGAAAUUUCUUCGCCUUUACCUGUGUUACAGAUAUUUGACCAAGUUAAAGACCAACCUACCGUCCUUAUCACCUUUGGAUACGCAUUGGCCUUCAUCUUCACCAAUGUUUAGGGAGACAAACAAUCUUCUUAAGGGCAUUUACCACUCUUGGAGAUGUAAGAAAUUCAGAGAAAGAUGUCCUCCCGAAAAGCGAGCGAUUCUGAAAGAAAAACUCCAAGCCAGCGAGGUUUUCAAAGACAAAAAAUCAUCGUAUCCUUCCACGGUAGCAGUUCCUUUCCAAAGCGAUCGUGUCAACCUCAGUGCUAAUCCGAAGUGGAAAAAGAACACUGGUAACAACAACCAACGGAUUGUGUGGGCAGAUUCUGUGUUAAAGAUCAAUAGAAAAGACGGCAAGGUAGUACCUCACAUUUUGACCAUUUCGGACACUGAGAUGCUGGUAUUAGACCCGAAGUCUUUCCUCACGAAAUACAACGUAGAUUUGGGAGACAUUCAGAGAAUCUCCGUGAGUCCGCUGAAAGAUGGAGUAAUCGUGUUCCACAUUCGCACGGACAAACAAGAUAAGAACCAUCUGAAAGGUGACUUCGUGUUCCACACAGAGCAUGUGGUCGAGUUAGUGGCCAAGCUGUUAGUACAAGCAGAAUCCCAACAAGACAUGUCUGCCGCUGUUCAUGUUUCUGACAGGAUCGCUGUGAAUUUUUCUGGGACCUCUGUCGAGCUGCUCUUUAAGCGAUCAGACAAAGAUCUUCCUCAGCCGUUAUUGUGUAAAAGAAAAGGAGCUGUCGUAGAAGUCUUAGUUUGAUUAUUUUCUUCCCAAAUCGUACAGCACUAGUUUGCUUUUUGCAUUAUCUGACUUACAGCAAGCAAAGCGUUCGUGGUGUCGUGGUUUUUACACCCUUUUAUAAUGAGUAAAUUAUUUAAAAAUAUCUUAACAAUUUCAAGUUAUCGCCAUACAUUUGUUUCAAAGGUUUAACCUUUUUAACGUUUAUUGUAAUCGGCAGGAUACGAACAUUUACAAAUCUUUCGCAAAUGGUUGGGCCUUUUCCUUUUUCUCAUCAGGGUUUUUGAUAGCAUUCCCUCGAACAAUAAAACAUUGAUACAUUCCUGGCGGAUUCUUUGAACAAGAAGCUAUUUAAAACAUUAAUUUUACUCAUUGAACGUGUUUGUUUGUUUGUUUUUUUUUUUGC